GCUGCUUGGAUAAUAGCAGCUUAUUCAAGAUGGCUGAGAAUAUCUGUUUCUUUACAUCAGAAGAGAGAUGAGAUGUCCUGGAGUCUCACGCAUUGUAUUACAAUGCAAAGAAUAAGUGUAGCUGUGAACACCAAAGGAAAAAACUCAGGAGCUGCGGACAUUGGAGAAGAAGCUGGGAGAUCUGUAGGAGUCCAGCAGCCAGCUUUACUGAGAGACAGGAGCCUUGGUUCUGCCAUGAAAGACUGCCCAUAUUGUGGAAAAACUUUCAGAACAUCACAUCACUUAAAGGUCCACUUGAGAAUACAUACAGGUGAGAAGCCUUACAAGUGUCCGCAUUGUGAUUAUGCUGGUACUCAGUCUGCGUCCCUCAAAUACCACUUGGAACGACACCAUCGGGAGCGACAGAAUGGAGCAGGACCACUCUCUGGACAGACUGCAAGUCAAGAACACAAAGAUGAGACAUCAAGUAAAAGUUCUGUGUUUAUUAGACCAGAUAUAUUGAGAGGAGCCUUCAAGGGGCUUCCUGGUAUUGAUUUCCGAAGUGGCAUGGUCUCGCAGCAGUGGACGUCAGGAAUGCUGUCUUCUGGAGAUCAGCAAGGACAAGCAGCUGGCAUGUCAUCUGAAGUAUCUUCAGAUAAUAUGAAGGGUUCAGACAUAUCUUCCAAAGGAACACACUUCUCUGAACUUGGCCGUGCUUAUCAGAACAUGGUUGGGAAUGGUGUGAACUUUCAAGGGUCUUUGCAGGCUUUCAUGGACAGCUUUGUCCUAAGUUCUUUGAAGAAAGAAAAAGAAAUGAAGGAUAAAGCUCUCUCAGAUCCACUUUCAGCAAAAGCUCUGGGCUCAGAUGGUGGCGAGGAAAAGAUAAAUAGCAAGUCCUCACAGCGAAAAACAGAAAAGUCGCAAUAUGAACCUCUUGACUUAUCCGUAAGGCCGGAUGCAGCCUCCCUCCCAGGUUCAUCUGUUACUGUGCAAGACAAUAUUGCUUGGCACGGCUGCUUAUUUUGUUCCUUUACAACUUCAUCUAUGGAACUAAUGGCUCUGCACCUCCAGGCCAAUCAUUUGGGCAAGGCUAAACGUAAAGACAUCAUAGGGAACAACAAAGACCAAUCUAGAGAAGCUUCAGCCUCAGUUAAUAAAGUGAGCUUGCUCCCCUCUUCUGUGCAGUCCAGCAAGGAGGCUGUGGUUUCAAACAUGCUGAGCCAGCUCGACUCAGCUUCUGAGAAAAUGACCCAAGGACAAAAUAAAGAGACCCUGGGAGAGCAAAAAAGCACUGCCUGGCCCAGCCACAUGGAAUCCACUUUUUGUAAUUUUACAACAGACUUCUAUAAGCAGUUUGGUGUUUAUCCUGGUGUUAUUGGCACAGGAACACAAAAUUCUUGCACCAGUAGUGAAUCUGAAAUAAAAACACAAUCCGAAGAUGACCCUAAUAUUCUGCUCUCUGACUCUGUAAAUAAAAGUGCUACUGAUGACCUUUCUGACAUAGCUUCAUCUGAGGAUAUGGAAUCUUCUAAGGAAGAAAACAUUGAAGAUGAGGACAUUGACACAGAACCAGAUAUUAUGAAUAAGCAGUUGUCUGCCCUAAAUAAAGAAAGCAGCGAAGGAGGCGACAAUAUACAAAGUGUAGUCACCUCACAACCAACACAAGGGCUCGUAUCAUCACUGCCACAAGCGUCAGAAAAGCAGUGGCACAGUCAGAAUCUUCUAUCCUCCCAUGAAACUGCACAAGGAGUGAUGAAACCCGAACAAGUUCAGGGUCCCCAGGUCCUGGAGAAGCAGAUGAACAUGUUGUCAGUCCUAAGAGCUUACAGCUCUGAUGGCUUAGCAGCCUUUAAUGGACUUGCAAGUAGCACAGCAACUAGUGGAUGUAUCAAGAGACCUGACUUGUGUGUUUCUAAGAAGAAGACAUGCCUUUCCUUGCUGCUUGGCAGCCAGUAG